GUCACUCGUGAGGUAGGUAGAUCGAAGUUGCAGUGGUCUCUUGACAGACAUUAUUUUCAUCACUUAUUUAUAAAAAUAAUACGACAGGAUGGCUUUAAGCGAUGCCGACGUUCAAAAACAGAUCACUCAUAUGAUGGCCUUCAUUGAGCAAGAGGCCAAUGAGAAAGCUGAAGAAAUUGAAGCUCGAGCCGAGGAAGAAUUCACCAUUGAAAAGGGGCGACUUGUGCAACAGAACAGGAUCAAAAUUAACGAGUUUUAUGACAGAAAGGAAAAAAAUGUCGAAAUGCAAAGAAAAAUUGGUGCCAGCAACUUGUUGAACAAGUCUCGUGUAGAGGUGCUGCAUGCGCAGGAAGCUCACGUCAAGAGUGUGCUGAGCGAGGCACAGCAGAAGCUCAGUCUCAUCACACAGAACCGGUCCAAGUACUCUGUCAUCCUGCAGAAGCUCAUCACCCAAGGACUGUGUCAGCUCAUGGAGCCGAAUGUUACGGUGAAGUGUCGGCAGGCUGACUACUCACUAGUGGAGGAAGCUGUCCCUCAGAGCGUGGAGGACUACACGGCCAUGAGCAAACUACCAUGCAACGUCACCAUCGAUACCACCAACUGGCUUCCUGCUCACAUUUGUGGUGGCGUUGAGCUGACAGUGCGCAACAACCGCAUCAAGAUCAGCAACACCCUGGAGGCGCGUCUCGACAUGCUGUCCCAGCAGAUGCUGCCUGAGAUGCGAGAGAUGCUCUUCGGCAAGAACCUCAACAGGAAAUUCAACACCUAAACACAAAAUUUAAUCAACAUUUCCAUUUGUAUUGAAGACAACUUUCUUCAUUUCUACGAAGCUAGUUGAUGCUAUGAAACUAAAAUGUUGCAUUGGUUAGCUUACUCAACGAGCCUGUUAUGUGCCAGGUGAGCUGUACUACCAUAGUUCAUUCCUUCGUUGUGAUGAGUAUUUACUAACUCAUCCUACAUGGUUUAAGGUAGAGUAGUGAAUGUGACUUCUCGUGAAUAUUAGCAUGGGGUUUUGUCAGUAAUAGAAUAAUCAGUAAUCUCGAAGUAAAGCUUUUUAGUCUGAUUACAAAUCAUCAGUUUGGUUUUUUCAUCUUCUAGCUAUGAAGGUGAGUGCUUUGUAUACAAUCGUUGAAUGAUGAAUUACCUAUCGUUCAGAACUGCAGUGCUGCUCACGCCCAAAAUUGAUUACAAAUCUAUUUUUUUGUCAAUAUUUUAUGCACGAGAGAGUCCUGCUCAAAAACGUGCGUGUCUCCAUAGGUGCUCGAAGACUUGUCAAAAUUUGUGUUACAGCUGGUAUUUAAAAUUAGGUCCUUCCUGCACACUUGGUGCGUUUGUGCUGGAAAUUGUGUUGGCUUCGGGGAGUAUACCGGAAAAAUAUAUUUUUUGCCUUUAAGUAAAUCUAAUGUCGAGGUAAAGAAGAGCGUACUUCGGCUAAUUUUAUGCUUUCGUGUUGAAGCUGGCCGCAAUUUCGUUCCAAAUUGAUGAGAAAUGCUGUAGAGUUUUAUUGCUGUCAUGCCGUUUUAGUGCAACGUCUCUUCUUAGCUCAAUUUUUUUUGUACUAAAUCUAUUAGUAUCCAAAUCAAUGUGGCUGAUAUUUGUCUUCAAAUUGACUAUAGGUAGAUUUCUGGCUGUUGUUUGAAUUAUUUAAAGUUUGUGUCAAGUUAUUUGUACAUAAGGUUCUAAGAUAUUUAUUUGUGAAUGAAUGUCUAUCCUGGAGAAUGUAGUAAAUAAUCCCUCAAAGCGA